AUGCUCAAAGGCAUCAACUACUGCUUCGCAAAACUGCUACUCUCCCGCGGCUGCAAUGUCCUCAUCGCGGAUCUCGGGCUACGGCCCGAAGCUCAGAAGCUCGUCGAGGAGUAUCAGACACAGCCACGCGCCGUGUUCCAGAAGACGGAUGUGACCAAGUGGAAUCAACUGGAGCGCAUGUUCGAAGUGGCGAACAAGGAGUUUGGCGGCGUAGACAUCGUAUGUCCCGGCGCUGGAAUAUUCGAUCCGGACUUUUCCAAUUUUUGGCAUCCGCCCGGUACGGCAAAGUCGAGAGAUGCUCCAGAUGGCGACCGCUACACCAGCAUCGACAUCAACGUAACUCACCCUAUCCGCACGACGCAGCUCGCCAUACGCGAGUUUGUGAACCCAAAGAACGGCGUAAGGGUCAGCACUACGAACCCAAAGCGCGUCCUCAUAAUCAGCAGCAUAGCAGGUCAAACUUCCAACCUGCACGCCGCUAUCUACGUAGCAGCCAAGCAUGCAAUGAGCGGCUUCGUUCGCUCCCUGGGCUCGCUCGACAAGGAGCUCGGCAUUCGAGUCAACGGCGUCGCGCCUGGUGUCGUUAAGACGCCGCUUUGGACUGAUAACGCGGACAAAAUGGAGUUGCUGGACUCCAAGAAAGAUGUCUGGGCAACGCCGGAAGAGGUCGCGGAGGCCAUGGUCAGGUUGUUGGAGGAGCCCGAUUUGGGAGGAGGCGUAAUCCUCGAGGUUGGUCAUAAUCAGACGAGGGAGGUGCAGCAAUUCAACGAUCCGGGGCCGAGCGGAGAAGGGCAUACGGUUAGCAGGAUGGACGAGACGUAUAAGGAGGUGUACAAGCGGUUGAAGCAGGGAGGGUGGGGGAAGGCGCGAUUGUAA